UAUAUACAAAUGUUAAAACUGGGCUAAAAUAGUUAAUGUUGUAGAUUUAUUACCUAAAAUUUAUUUCCUACGUGACGUCACCUGCGAUACGGAAGUAAUUUCCCGCGAGACGUGCCUAUAUCGCUGUCAAUUUUUCACCUCAUAAUACAGGGCACGCCAUAGGCAACAAUUCGCCAUAAGAUCAGUAAUAAAUAAAAAUAUUUAGUUUUUCUGAAUUUAUCCCUAUGUAUGUAUGCAUUACUAAAUUCUUUUAGCACUUUAAUACCUCCUGUACAGCUUGCCAGUCAGUACUUAACUAAAUAUAUGAGAGGGUGAGAUGUAAGAACCUAACAACCCUACGGAUCUCUAAGCCCUACAGAUGUAUCCGUAAAACAUUUAUUUAUUUAUUACAGAACAUUAUAGUGAACAGAUAAAUAUAUAAAUAAAUAGGGGAAGUCUGCACCAAGAGACCUAAGGUAUCAGAUGGACCCCUACGGGUAGGGUCAAAUGUUCGAGGUGCCGAAUAAUGUUUGAACCAUUAAGCGUAAUUACUGAACAUCUCCUUUUGUCAGUUUCAGAAAAUAAGUUUAAAUGCGUGCAUACAACAUACGAACUCAUCACAUUUUUCCUAAUCGCAAGCAUGAUGUAUCCUAAUCCACGACAAGACUAUAAAAGGGCAAUCGGGUUUGGUGUGAUCGGAGUUCUCUGUGCCCCACAACUCUUUAUAAUGUUAUGCGAUAUCAGAGAGCGAAUACAAAUCAAAGACACAGAUAAUCUUUUUCGUCAGCUUAUCAUCACCGUGUUGCUUGUUUACGUCUAUAUUAAGAUAUUUCUAACGCUAAAUCACAAUAAGAAAUUCCGAGCAAUAAUAGAUAAAGUAUCCACAGACUACGAAAGUUACAACCAUCUUCCUGAAGACUACCACGUCAUUGUCACAGAGACAAUAGAGAAAUGCAAGAAAUUGGAAAUUAUCUGGAUUUUAAUGGUGAUAUGUACCGGUUUAGCUUUUAUCCUGCUGGCUUUUGUGUUAACUGUCCUUUCCCAAUUCUCCGAAGAACCGAGAAAAUAUUUGAUACAUGAGUCACUUAUUCCGAUUAUCGAGGAUCUGAAGUAUGAAACACCUUAUUUCGAAAUUCUGACUGUUUAUGGCAUUUAUAUCGUAACAAUCGUAGUAAUUGCAUAUACAGGCUUUGAUGGACUAUUCUACAUAACAGUGCUGCAUGCAUCACUAAAAAUAAAAAUCUAUUCUCACAAGAUAACCCACCUAAUGGACGACGAAGACAUUCCAACGAUUAAAGCGAAGAUUGGAAUUAUUGUAAAAGAACAAUGUGAUGUUUAUAGGUUUAUUAAAGAAAUUCAGUCAUUUUAUCAGUUCUGGCUGGCCUCUGUCUUCACACUGGUUAUUAUUCAGAUUUCGAUGGGCCUCAGUCAGACGAAAGCGGGGAGUGAAAAUACAAUAAUUUACUUUAUAUUCGCCACUGUGGCUUCGGUCAACAUUUUCAUACCCUGUUAUGUCGCAUCGGAUGUCACAUCCACCGCGGGCGAGGUGUGCAACUUCUUAUAUGACUGCAAGUGGGAAUCAGUUCCAGACACCAGCAUCCGUCGAUCCAUUGUCAUAAUGAUGGCGUGCUCGCAGAUAAUGCAGACAGCUUACUCCGUGUAUACUUUGAUGAUAUCUUAAAAAUAAAUAAUCUGAUUAGGUGUUUUACAUUUCUAAGAAUAUAAGCACUUUGAUAUAAGCCUAAUUCCACUUUUCGCUUUCUCUAUAUCUGUUUAUUUGUCCAUAAGCAUUGCGAAUGUCAGAGUUUCCACUAUAAAGGAAAAAUGUGGAUCUCUCUAUUUCGGAAAGCCUUUUCCAACAACAUAAUAAUAACCAUUGACGGCAUGGAAUAUCGUUAGAUUGAUAUCAUUCGGCGGUCAACGUCAUAUGCCGUUGUAAUAUAACUAAAUGGAAGUCAACCAAAUAGAGCCAUCUUGAAUAUGUUUCUUUUCAUGUGAACUUAUACUAAUUAUCACGUUUAAAUGGAGGAUGUGACACUCUAACAUUUUAGUAGUCUAACGCUUUUGUGGUUCAUCAUAUAUCUUUGCAACAAUGAUAAAUAAAGUUACUCACUGUUGGAGGUCGGACAAAAUUUACUUUAUACUAAUUAAUUAAAUAGAUUAAUGUAAAUCUUUAAGUAAAACUUUCAUAUUUAAUUAAAACUGAAAGGUUUUAAGUCGAAACUCUUGUCUUAGAGAGAAAUAUAACGAAACAUUUAACUGAGAUGUCACUCUUUCAUCUAAACUAAAUUCAAAGAAUUAAACGUUUCUUUAUAGUAUAGAUUUGUUAUUAUACUUAAUUAAGCUUUUUCAGCUUUACUUUGUAUACACUAUAUAUAUUUGAAUUGUAAACCUUGAUUUUUAAAUUAUUUAUUUGUUCAUCUAGCUAUCA